GUUUCGUAACCCCUUGAACCUCGAAUGAGACGUUCACUGUAAUUCUGAAUUCAGUUUGUUUGGAGCCGCAAUUUAACAAAACCAGUUUAACUUGAUCUGUUUUUUUGAUGUGACAAUGCCAUGCACACACACUUACACACGCACGCACACGCACUCAUGCACACACUCAUGCACACACACUCAUGCACACACACACACACACACACACACCAAGUUAAUACUGAAUUCAGUAUUAUAGUGAGUGAGCGUCCCAUUCGUGUUAAAGGGUUACUGACAGUGAGCGGAGCCGCGUCCAUAAUGUUCCAGGAAGCGUAAUUACAAAAUGUCCAAUUAAAGAGAAAUGUAAAUAACCAGUUCAAAACCACCGCAGGUGCUGUUGCGCUGAUAUGAUUCACGGGGUUACUCUGUGUCACGUGUCACAAGACCUCAGAGGCCAUCUGACUUAUUAUAACUCUUUAAGAGUCAAGAAGAAUCUGUCACGCUGAUGUCAACAAUCCACAUUUGUUGUUUUUUUGUUAUUCCUUUAUUUCACCAAUUGACAGACGGACCACCCUGAAAUUAUUAAUGGAACACACUCCUCUCCUUUAAUGUCUUCAAAGGGGAUAUAAACAUGAACACUGCACACAGACAGGCGCGCCAACCUGUAACUGUUUGUGGUGAAUCCCUUGUUGUUUGGUGUACACACUGAGUUGGGUUUAGCAAACUGUUGAAAGUAAAACGUGGAUCCCGAUUUGAUUCAUGCUGGUCUCUUGGUUAGACACAACACGAUUGGCGGUCUCAAAUAUAAAGUCGAAAUUGCCAGGGAGGUGUAACCUGCUGAACGCGAAUGGGAUGUAACUUUGCACUUUUUGGACUCUCAUCUUUCUUUUUCACACACAACAAGCUGCAGGUACACAUGUACUGUGGUCUACACAAACUGUUCACGCAUAACACUCGUCCUACCACAUUGUGCGGCCCAGAGGCGUAUGCCAUCAUCACGCGUGUCGUCAUCACGAGACCACACGCCCCUUCUGCAGUUCACACCUGUGUCUCAGGUGUCAGAAGAGAGAGAGAGAGAGAGCAAGAGAGUGUGUGUGUUAGACAAACCCCGGCACUUAACAACACCUGAAGGACCCCAGCUACAGACGAUAUUCGUGAUUUCCCGCCACAAAGCCCCCCCAUCAUCCCAUGAGACUCGUCACAUCAUGAGAUCGUGCUACCUGUUCCUGCUCAUUUACCUCGUCGGGAGCUGCUUUGGGCAAUCGAGUGCACAGAGAAAUGAAACCUGCACGUCAAAAGAAACCUGUGGCCAGGGACAAGGCGUCCAAGCGACGUCGCACUUCCUACAAUGUGUGGGAUUGCCAUCGGCCGACACGGGGAGAGACCACAUACGGCGGCUGAAAGGAAUUAUCGAGGCAACAAUGGACGUGUACGCCUUCUUGAGGUCCAGCAUGACAGGAGUGCCACUUCUCAGUCUGCAAGGGGCACUGGACUUUAAACCCGGUGCAGACCCCCUCCACAAUGAAGCCCUGGUCCAGAUGUGGGUGGAGGUGAAGAUAAAGCCGCUGCUGAAAUCCAUCACCAAGCGCUUCCUGUCCUGCCUCAGCACCAAGAACUUCACGUGCUCCACCUACCAGACUGUGGUGAGGGAGCUCAGUCGGCAUUAUUCUGGGAUGGAUCCAGUCAGGCAAAAGUGGAUCUACACAUUCUUUAUGUACCCCUUCCUGUCUGGAGACAGGGUAGCUGGUUGUGUGCACCCAAACGAGAGCGGUGAGGAGUGGCUGAUGAAGAAUUUCGGUGCGUUCAGGGCCAUGGCCCGAAUGAAGGACUUUUCGACACUCGGCAUGGUCUUCAGUGGACUGGAGGUUCUUCACCUGUUGUCCCCAGAGCAGAAGGCCGAGCUGCUGCUGAUGCCCUCGGUCGCAGGUUUUGACAACGGCACCCUGACCCUGGUCUUCCACAGUUUGCUGACAGGGGGCCACCCCCCCACCCGCCCUCCUCCCACCAUGGGCCCCCCUGGCCACAACUGGACGAGCCCCGGAUACCCGCCCACCUAUCCCCCGCGACCUACAUUUGACCCCGCGUCUCCACAAAACACCGUCAGAGAGGUCGUGAACGGGUUCAUGAUGGCCUUCAGACCCAUCGGGAGCUUCGUCCAUGACUUUGUGUCCUUCACACACGAGAGGAACGUGUCAGAAAUCCGGAGCACCGCUCUGACUCAGUUCUUGCUCAACUGGACCCUGGCCGAGCUGGCAGGCAAUUACCGGCCACACAACACGUCCGUCGCUCCGGAGACGCCGAAGUUCGACGUGACGAAUGUGGAGGACUGGUACCAGCAGGUCGUCAAGCCGUUGUUACGGAGGUUCUCGCCAAAUGACGCUGACGCUCUUAUGCAUCAGAACAUCACGCUCGCCUUCCACAAAUUGUUCUAUCUGGAACACGGCAAAGACAACGGAACCUCCGAAAUCCUGGAUGUUUGCAGCAUCACCCUUGAUAAGAGCCCUUGUGGGCUGACGGAUGCAGUGGAAAACGUGGCCCACGUUCUGCACUGCGCUGCUCGGGCCAAUCUGACAAUGUCCGAGGAGACGAGCAUGAGACUGAUCGUUGAGCUGACGGAACGUCUGAACUCACUGCUCAUGGAGUUAUCCACUACGAACUUCACCAAGUUGGCGUCCGACUUUCGGCCGAUCUUCGACGAGCCGGAAACUCCGUCUCUGACCGAGGAACACCUGCGGGACCCGGCCUUCAUCGAGCUCUGGUUCAAGACCAAACUGAUGCCCCUGCUACCCGACGUGCACCCGGACCUGCUCUCCUGCCUCAGCAGCAAGAACUUCUCCUGCCCCGUCUACCAAACCAUUGUCGCAGGUCUCAGCAAACACAUGAGUUUCCUGGAUGCUGAUCGAAAGUACAGUCGUGGCAUCUAUGAACACUUCAUCUACCCCUUCCUGCUGCAUCACAACUCCUCGGAUCCCCAGUGUGCGUCCUCGGCCAAUCACAGUGCAGAGUGGCUGAGGAAGAACUUUGGCUCCUUCUCCAGGUUCGCCGUCGUCACCGACUUCUACGAGCUCAACCCAAAGUUCUCCGGACUGGAGGUUCUUCACCUCUUGUCUCCGGAACAAAUAGCAGAGAUGCUGCUGCUGCCUCUUCCUGCGCCUCCGGGGAAGGGCGUCGUCGUCGACCGGGCGUUCGACUUCUUGACGGAGUUUCCCGGGAAGUUUCCGGAGGUCCUGCACCACCUGGUCCGGCUCGCCGCGGAGGUCAAUCCCCCCUGUGGCGUCUACAAACACAUUUUUGAGCGACUGUACGAGUCCAUACCGUCCCUGCAUCCCGACAUGGAGCCGAUCGCCUGGGCCGGCAUAGACGAUCUGAUGAAGACUGCACCAGAGGAGUGUGUGCCGGUGAACAGCACGUGCCCAGUGACCCACUUCAACGCCUCGCUUGUCUGCGGAGGAAUCGACAGCUCGGACCUGAAGUCGUACUUGACCACAUCCGUCUCUGCGGCCGCCCCCUGUAACUUUACCCUGGAGCAAUAUGCAUGUGCACGGCUGGAGAACUUCACAGCCAAUCAGCUGGCGUCUCUCCUGAAGUGUGACCUGCCCGGAAACAGCAGCCACUCCAAAAUGCUGUGGAAGAUGCUGCUCACCAAACUCUCCAAUGUCCUGGACCCGGCGCUGGACAUCCUGGCCAACGUGUCCAUGACCGCGGUCGGCCCGUCAGCCUCGGAGGUUUUGGACGUGAUCGGGGAGAUCAGGGUGUCGCUGCUCACCGACGAGCAGCUGAAGAACGGCAGCGAGAUCCGGCAGUGGUUCUCCGGGCGCCUGAGCGGGUUCCUGCCGUCGGCGUCGGGCAGGUUCCUGCGCUGCCUGAUCCACAGGAACCUCAGCUGCCACUCGUACCAGCACAUACUGCAGGUGUUUGUCCGCCAGUUCGACCACAUGACCUGGAAUCAGAAGCACGUGGUCGUGGCGGAGUUCGUCCUCCCUUUCCUGUCACGGCCUCGCUCAGGUCCCGGCUGUGUGAACGGCUCCGACAGCGCAGAGUGGCUCAAGACGAGUCUCGGUCCGUUUUCCAGGAUUUUGCCGCUCGGGGAGCUCCUGCGUCUCAACCCGCGAUUCAGCCCCCUGAAGGUCCUUCGACUCCUGACUCCGAAGCAGAGUGCCGAGCUGCUGCUGUCGACUCUUCCGGCGCUCCCAGGAAAAGAAGUGGUCAUCGACCGGUUGUUCGAUUCCCUGACGGAGGUUCGCGAGCAGGAGAAACUUCCAGAGUUCCUGUUCUUCCUCGUCAUGUUCCUUCCGCAGGGGAACUUGUCCUGCUCAGCAUACAAGACACUGUUUGACAGACUGGACGAGGCCAUGACCGAAGUUUCUCUCGAUGUGGCUUCAAAUAUCACCUACAGCAAGAUCGCCCUGUCCAGGCACAUACCACCAGGUUGCAUCAUAUACAGCGGAAAGUGCAGCGUUACCGUGGCGAAUGAAACCAACAUUUGUGUCAGAGUGAACAGCACGGAGCUGCAGCUGCUCCUCGACAGCGGGGAGACGAACGGACGCCUGUGUGACUUUGCCGUCGAGGAAUUUGCUUGCGCCUCGCUGUCGGCGUUAACAGCAGAGGAUCUGGCCGCGAUGCUGCUGUGUAACCGCUCGUCCAACUCCAGCGGGUCCGGACCCGUCUGGAAGCUUCUCCUCUCCAAAGCCUCUCGCGUGCUCGACGGCGCUCUGGAUCUUCUGACCAACAAGACUGUGGACCCCAGAAAUCCUGCGCUGCCGACGGUCCUGGACUCCGUACGCGAACUCCGAUUGGACAUCUUGAACGCGGUCGGCAUCAACGACCCCGCCCUCGUCCGGCGGUGGUUCCACCGCCGGCUCCGCCCGCUCCUUCCCGCCGCUUCCUCUGACUUCCUGUCGUGUCUCGCCACCAGGGAGCUGAACUGCAGCACCUACCAACACAUUGUGCAGAUUUUGAGUCGCCUCCGGCCAAACAUGACAUUGAGCGGGCAGAGGUCCGUCUACGUUCACUUCAUCAAGGUUUUCCUGAACAGGAACAACACGGCAGACCCGGGCUGCAGCUCGCACACCAACAACUCUGGAGAAUGGCUGCGGAAGAACCUGGGAGGUUUCUCCGAGCUCGUCUCCUUCCGCGAACUUCAGAUGCUCCGCUCCAACUUCUCAGCGAUGGAAGCUCUGCCACAGCUCACAGUCAGACAGCUGGCGGAGAUGUCCGCCGCCCCCGGCCAGCUCACCUCUGCCGCCCAGGUCAACAUCGUGAUGAAACACGUCCCCGGCCAAUGGCUGCCGGCCUUCUUCGAUCAGUUCUCGCCCGCCAUCAUGGGUCACGAAAACACGUUCCCCUCUCCGGUGAGGUCGACCAUGUUGCAGGUGGUGUUUGACCGCGCAAACCUCUCGAGUCACUCGGUGGGCGACUCGACCGUGUCGCUGUGGCUCCGCGACCGACUGCGCCCGCUGCUGUACGACCUGUCGCCGCGCCACGUGGCGCCGUUCUUCGGGAUACUGGCGGGACGGAACUGCAGCGUCGGGCGGCAGGGAGUCAUGGACCUGAAUUCAACAAUCUCGUCUCUCAGUGAGCAGACGGACAAAGAAAUCCACAACCACAUCGUUCAGAUGCUCAGAGGACCAGUGCCCCUCCACUGCUACGGCGACCACUCCAACCGGAGUUAUUACGGCUUCCUGGAGAGCACGUUCAUGGGGUUCCAGUUCCCCAACCUGACCACCUUCCUGCUGCUCAUGCCGCACGACAGAAUGCACGAGUUGGUGAACUCCAUCCCGCCAUCACAUCUUGGGGAUUUCCUCCGUCGCCCCGGCGUCGUCGACAGCGACGCACAGCUCUGCGUCCUCUACGGCGACUACAUGCAGACUCCGAUGUUCCUGGAGGCCGAGUCUGUGCCGGCGGCGCUGAGGCCGCCCACGCUGACCUGCGUCUGGCCCGCGGCUCUCAGGAGCUCCGAGAGGUCACAGGUCGACGCUUGGUUUGACCGACGCCUCCGUGACUACCUGGUCUUCCUCACGAAGAGUCUGAUCAGCCCUGACAUCACGCACAACGCCAGCUGUGUGGCCUUCCAGAAGCUGGUUUCAGUUCUCGGUGACUACAACUACACUGCUGCGGACUUCGGGCGGCGAGAUGUGUUCGACAGCGUCAGGGCCUACCUCACCUCGGCGACGGUGCCGAGGUGUUACAACUCCAGUCAGCCAGAGCUGAACUCUACCGCCUGGUUCGCCGAGUACAUCGGCCCCUUCAUGCGUUUCCUCACGCUGGAGGAUCUUCGGACGUUCGGAUCCACGCAGGUUCUCCAGGUGUUCACUGUGAACCCCCUGAACAUCGCCGUCCUCGACCACUCGGCCUUACCUCUCAACCUCACCAACUACUACACUGAGCUGGUUUAUCAGCAGGACGGCAACUUCAGUCCCUUACUUCUGCCUCUGGUGUGUCGGUGCGUCGCUCCGGGCGCGGCCUUCAGCCAGCUGACUGAAGAACAAACCGUUAUCAUGCUGGACAACCUGACGGCCGUCUGCACGAACCUGGAUCCGCAGAUUUCCGCAGCUCUGGCGGGUAACUUCGGCGACAACAUCGACGCCACGGCCAUCGCUGCCCUCGGCAACGAAAGCAGCGGCCUGUCCACCGGCCAGAUCAAGACCAUAAAGCCCGAGGACCUGAUCGCGUCCCUCGCCGUCCUCGGCAGCAUUACGGGCUGGAACGAAGGUCAGGCCAAGGCCAUCAUCCAGGCUUUGCUGUCCUCGGGGAAAAUGCAGAUCAACGGCUCGUCGACGCUGUUCAUGCUGGGCUCCCUCGUCGUGGGCGUUCCCGCCUCCGUGUUCGGCGGCAUCGACGGCUCGCAGCUCGUGGCGGCCUCCAAGGACUCCGCGUUCCUGGUGUACAUGAUGUCGGCUCCGCAGAUCUCCCGGCAGACCUUCGUCACGCAGAUCGUGUCGUUGAACAGCAACGGCGAGGCGAUCGUAGAGAACGUGCCGGACGAGAUGGCCACCGAGAUCCCGCGCGCUCUGCUGCUGGGCUUCUCCGGCGACAGCGAGGUCAUCACAAAGCUCAACCAGAAGAAGUGGAAACGGCAGCAGGUGGAGUUGUUCUUCAGUGUGAUCGCUCUGGAAAGUUCCACCGCCGAGCUGGGAGGAGCGAACAAUCUGUCAUCCUCUGUGCUACAAGGGUUCACCUGCACCGGCGUGAGGACAAUAAGAAAGGCGCAAGUCAAGAAGCUGGUCAAAGCCUGUCGGAGGAAAGGCAAGAGGAAGGUCAAGCUGGUCGAGACUCAGCUGACGUGCAUGUACAACUACAUCCGAGACGAGUCGGAUGCCACCAGCUUCGACCUGUAUCCUCCUGACGUGCUUCUGUACUACGAUUACUCUCUGGUGCCUCAGGCCGCCUGCAGGUCUUAUUUUGAACAGCUGGCGGACGCAGACUUCUCCGUCUUCUCCUCUGCCCUCAGCUACAAACGCACCGACCUGUUCGCAAACGCCCGGAGCUGCCUGGGCAUAACAAACACAAGUUUGACGAAGGAUGAUAUAUCGGUGCUGGGGAGCAUGUGCUGCACCCUGGACGGGUCUUACAUCGAGAACUCGGACCCGUCCGUUUUGGAAAAGCUCAAGGCGUGCCCGGACCUCACUGUCGCUCAGGCCUCCGCAGCUCAGACGCUGCUGCUGAGCGGGAAGACGCCGUACGGAACCCCCUCAAAUUGGGACCAGCAAACCCUGGAGGACCUCGGCAUGUUGCCGCUGUACAUGACCUCAACUUUCUACAAUGAAUUUGACAAACAAACGAAAAGAAAAUUCCUGAAGUACUUCCUGAAAUUGAUCCGGAGCAACGGAGUGGACCGGCGGAGGAGGCGGACGAUGAAGAAAGAGAUACAAAAGUCCAUCAGGAAGAAGUCCAAGAGAUCUAUAGUCGACGAGUGCACUGUCGGGACCAUCACCCAGGUGACGAUCAGCGGGGCCACGUUCCCCUUCGACUACGACGACGUCGCCCAGUUCAACUGCUGCCUCAGCGCGGCGACCGUCAAAGACAACCUGGACGCCAUCACUGCGAAGGUGGACGAGGAGGAAUACCUCCGGGUGGUCCUCAGCAAGCUGAAUGAGGCCUACGCUGCCAACGCGACCAUCCCGGAGGAUCAGGUCCAGCUGCUGGGCCCCGCGUCUCGCGUGGCCUCCGUCGACGACAUCACGAAGUGGAGCAUCACUCAGGUGGACACGCUCUCGGCUUUGAUGGACUCGUCCAACGGGCAGUGGGAGCCGAGCCAGGCCAAGGCCGUCGUCUCCAGGUAUCUGAGCGCGGCAGGGAACAAACUGGGCAGUGCGGAGCUCAACUCCGUCGGAGGAGCCAACCUGUGCUCGCUGGACGUCGACGUGUUGAAGAACAUCUCCCAGCGAGGCCUCAAAGAUGCCGACGCCCUCGAUGUGUCCAGCUGCACCACAGAGAAAAAGAAAGAACUGUUCAUCAUCGCCAGACAAGCGUUCGCGCAAAGCACCCGCGCGACCGUCCCCGUAUCCACCUACCAGCUCUUAAAGGCUUAUAGUGGCGGUGCAACCUUGGCGGAUGUCCGGAGUUGGGCGGCCUCCAAUGUCGACAUGGACAUGGCCACCUUCACCAAUCUGGAUCAGAGCGUUGUACUGAAUCUGACUGUUAAUGAAGUCAAAGGGCUUCUCGGCAGCAACCUGGCGAAUUUGAAGUCCUAUGAAAACCAGACGCUGGUACAGAGGUGGACCACGAGUCAGUACCAAUCAGAGCUUGAUACUCUGGGACUGGGGCUCACGGGCGGUAAAGCCGGCACCGCCACCAACGCUGCAACCACCAACUCCCCUACAGCCACCACCGGCACAAUCACUGGCUCCACUGCAGCUCCUGGUUCCACUGGCUCCACUGCAGCUCCUGGCUCCACUGCAGCUCCUGGUUCCACUGGCUCCACUGCAGCUCCUGGUUCCACUGCAGCUCCUGGUUCCACUGGCUCCACUGCAGCUCCUGGCUCCACUGGCUCCACAGCGAGUACUUCUACCACUACAGGUGGCGGUUCCCGUGUCAGAGCAGACGCCGGCCUCUCCCUCCUCUUUGUCCUCGUGCUCCUCCUCACCUCUCAGCACGCCGUGGUGUGACGACACAGGGCCGAUUAGUUACGCGGAAAAGAUUAUGAAAUAAUGUUGUUGUUUUUUUAAAAUGUAUCUGUAAUAGAAGUAAAUAAUGUCAAAGAGAUGGAUUUCUUGUGCAAUAACAACACAGCAGAUUUGAAUAAUUUAUUAUUAUCUCCGUUAGUUCUUAAGCGGCGAGAAUGUUUUUGCUCUGAAAACUUUUCAUGCAUCAUUUUUUUUAAAUCUCUUAUAUCUGCUUUUUACCCCCCAUAUUUUUUUUAACCUUAUUUUCCCCGAAGCUUAAUUUUUUAAAUUUUUUUUCAUUGUUGAAAUGAAGGUUAAACGAAAAAGAAAAAAAAUGAAGGUGACAGUUUCCGCUGCAUUUCUGUUGUUUUGUUAUUGUUGACGUAAUCAUGUGUAUUCAUUAUAAGACAGCACUUGCAUGAGCGGUAUGGCCUGGGGGCUUUAUGAGAUUGAAUAAUAAACGCUUUUUGUUUAUCCUCGA